AUGACUUCACCAGCGAGCAGCGACAUCGCCCUCGACGCUGGGCUCGAGCACACCAACACCGUCACGCUCGACAACUACAAAUUCCCCAAAGAGAGGCUGAAGAAGGUGCUCUCCAACGACAACAAGCAGCCCAUCGUCCUCGUGUCCUGCGGUUCCUUCUCGCCGCCCACUAACCUCCACCUGCGCAUGUUCGAGGAAGCCACCGACUACUGCCAGUUUGAGACGGACUUCGAGGUCGUGGGCGGCUUCUUCAGCCCCGUCGGCGACGCGUACAAGAAGGCUGGCCUGGCCUCGGCGCACCACCGCAUCAGCAUGACCAGGAUCGCCGUCAACGACAGCUCCACCUGGAUUGGCGUCGACCCCUGGGAGCCUCUGCACAAGGAGUACAUGCCCACGGUAAAGGUCCUCGACCACUUCGACCACGAGCUGAACCAGGUCCUGGGAGGCAUCGCGACGUCGACGGGCGAGAAGAAGAAGAUUCACGUGGCCCUCCUCGCGGGCGCCGACCUCAUCCAGACCAUGAGCACACCCGGCCUGUGGGCUCGUGAAGAUCUGAGCAGGAUUCUUGGCGUUUACGGCGCCUUCAUCCUCGAGCGCAGCGGGACCGACAUCGGUAUGUUUGACUACUCCUCCACCCACGCCACGCCACGCAACCAUGCUAACGCGCACCAGACGAUGCGCUUGUCAGUCUCCAGCAGUGGAAAGAGAACAUCCGCGUCAUUCCUCAGCUCAUCCAGAACGACGUCUCGUCUACCAAGAUCCGCCUGUUCCGCAAGCGCGGCAAGAGCAUUCGUUACUACAUCCCGGACAAGGUCGUCGACUACAUCUACGAGCACGGCCUGUACGCUUCGGACGACGAGAAGUCAAAGGCGGCCGAGAAGGGCAAGGAGAAGGCUUCUGACAGUGCAACCGACUCGUCUGCAGUGGCUUCCUCUUGAGCGCUCACAACAAAACCGCAGCGAGCGACUCCAGGACGCCAGGCUGGUCACAUGA